CGGGUCCCGUGCCCCUCGCUCAGGCCCAUGCGGCUGCCGCUGCUGGAGCCCGGGGCGGCGCCCCGCCGGGCCGCGUGGUACGUCCUGGCCCCUUGCGGCGACGGCCCCUGCGCCCGCGUCGGACACGGCUGCUGCUACUGGCCCCGGCCCGCGGCCCAUGGCGUCGUUGUGGUCGGGGGCGCCGACCCCGCCACCAGCUUCUCCGACGCCCACCUCGUGGAGCUGGGUGCGCACAGGUGGGCUCUGUUGAGGUGGACGGGGCUCCUACCCCGGUACGAGCACACCACCUUCGUUCCAGCCAGCGACCCGUCCAGCCUGUGGGUGUUUGGAGGGGCUGACCAGUCGGGGAACAGGAAUAGCGUGCAAGUGCUGAAUCCAGAAUUAGGAACCUGGGAAAGUCCUGAGGUAACUGGCACUCAGCCACUCCCAAGGACAUUUCAUUCAUCAUCAGCUGUUAUAGGAGACUGCUUGUAUGUGUUUGGAGGAGGAGAUAAAGGAGCAGAGCCUGUUAAAGAUCAACAGCUUCAUGUUUUUGAUACAGCCGCUUUGACUUGGUCACAGCCAGAAGUGCAUGGGGAUCCUCCUGCAUCUCGGCAAGGGCACGCAGUUGUUGCAGUUGGGAGCAGGCUCUUUUUGCACGGGGGGCUAGCUGGUGAACAUUUUUAUGAUGAUCUCUUUUGCUUGGAUACAAGUGAUAUGAAGUGGGAAAAGGUACUGGUGACGGGUGAUGUCCCAGGAGGACGGGCAGCACACUCAGCUGCUGCCUUUAGGGACCAUUUUUACAUUUUUGGUGGAGUAGACCCAACUGGGGCACUGGAUACAAUGUACAGAUAUCACAUAGAAAAACAGCAUUGGACACUGCUAGAAUUUGAUUCCCCCUUGCCCCCUGGAAGGCUGGACCAUUCCAUGUGCAUAAUUCCAUGGCAAGUGUGUAACAGUGUGGAGAACAAUGUUUCAGAAGCUGCAACAAACAGAGACAAGUUUGAGAAGGAAGCAACUGUUACAGUUGCUGAAGAAGGUGACCCAAGUCAGAACAAACGAAUUGGAAAAGGAAAUAUAGAAGACACACUGGUGUAUCUGUUCUUUGUGUUUGGUGGGAUGGAUACUCAAGGGGAAAUUUACAGGGACUGUGUUGUAAGUCUAGUUGAGUAAUGCAGGGUUUACCACUUAUAUAGACCCAUUCCCCUUUUUGUAUGUUUAGCAGGUAACACAGCUCCAAUAAAUGGGACUACUACAAACUGACA